GCGCGUGCCGCCAAUCGCGAGCGCUUCUCUCCGGCGUAGUUUCACCAUAGAGACAUGACGCCAUCUUGAAGCGAGCGGCAUCGCGUCCAUGAAUCUGAGCGGACGGCAAAGCCAUGAGCGAACGCAAACCUCGCACGGAAACGUCUACCAGCGCCAAUAUGCUCGACGCUGAGCCGGGGUCCGCUGCUGGCGGCAGAGAGCGCAGAUCCGGGGGAGGCGUCAUGAAGAGGCUGAAGCCGCGGCGAAGUCAGCCGGAGAGGCGGCCCGUUACGGAGGAUGAGUUGAGGGGACUGGGGCGAGACAUCACUCCGGACGAAGUUCUGGGUCUGCGCUCCGUCACCCGCGAUUACCUCUGUAAACCUGAGGACAAUGUCUUUAAUGUCGAUUUCACACGUUUCAAGAUAAGAGACAUGGAGACCGGGACGGUGCUGUUUGAGAUCGCCAAACCACCCAAUAACGAUCCACUGGAGGAGGAGGAUGUGAACGGGGGGUCCGAUUCCAACACGGGACGCUUCGUCCGAUACCAGUUCACUCCUGCCUUCCUGAGACUGGGCACUGUGGGUGCCACGGUUGAGUUCACUGUGGGCGAUCGGCCCAUCAGCAGCUUCCGCAUGAUCGAGAGGCACUACUUCAGAGACCAGCUUCUCAAGAGCUUCGAUUUCGACUUUGGCUUCUGUAUCCCCAACAGCCGGAACAGCUGCGAGCACAUCUAUGAGUUCCCACAGCUCCCAGACGAACUGAUUCGUCAGAUGGUGGAGAACCCUUACGAGACCAGGUCAGACAGCUUCUAUUUCGUGGACAACAAGCUCAUCAUGCACAACAAGGCAGACUACGCUUAUAACGGUGGGCAGUAGCUGGCAGCGCAGCCCCUCGGCGCAUGCCACUGCAUUCCAUCAGCCUUGAGGCCCCCUCCCAAUAAGCCUUAUAACCCCCAGUAAGGCUUCAGCCUUCCCAUGCCGGUUGGUCAUGGCUUCUCUCUCUUUAAAUGCAUGUUCCUUGUAUCCUAGGGUUGUUACCUUUCUAUAGCUGUCAUGGGGAACUUCAGAAAUGUCCCUUAUUGUUGUUUUUCUUUCCACAUGGCUUAAUUUCACUGGGUAGCCCACCAGCUGCCUCAAAGGGGCAUUGAGCUUCUUUCAUUGUAACUCCAUUUACAGUUCAUUUUGUUGCUCCUCUGGUUAGAUGGUUUUAAGCCAAUGGGCAGGGUCCUGCUGCAAACCAACCUGAGUAGUCACUCAGUUAUUAUACCUGAGGGAAGCCCUCUCCAAAGCGAGAACUGGGCCUCAGCACCAGGCUGCGGUUGAGGACUGGGCUCACAGGUUCCGGAGCGGGGGUGGGGGGGGGGGGGGGGCAUUUGGCAUUUAUUUUUUUGUCCGAAGCUCUGAGGGUUGGCACAUGCUUCGAGCUCCAGGUUCACAGUUUACAUGGGAAUGAACUGACUGAAAGCUGCCACCCUUUUUUAUUGCAGUAGCAUAGUGCAAAAGCAGCUCCCUACUGUGGGGAGUACAGGCAGCACAAUGUUCUUCAGGAGCGACACCAUGGUCUGUGUACCUCGAGGAUCCCCUGCUGCUGCCCCACGUGUCUCUUAGUGCUGUCACAGAGUAUCAUCCUAAUUGAAUUGAGAUGUCUGUAAUUUGGCGAUCCCGCAUCUUUACAUUCUACUGUGGCGGCAGUAUCGAGAUCACUGGGUAGGUCACACCUUUUUUUCGCCUAAUAAGAGCACAAUGUUCAUGUCUUUCCUGCCUGCUUAUGAGGUUAAGAACACAGACUGCUGGUAAAUAACUUAUUCCUCUGGGUGCUUUUGUAGGGGGGUGCAUGCCAAUUGAGAACUUUUUAAGUUAUCUUUUUCAAUGGGGGAAACUGGUGCUUAAAGAGGAUCGAAAUGGUAGCUCCAGCUUCAGAUGCUGUCCUGAUUGGUGUAUAGGUGUGUUUGUUUCUUGUCUUGGACUGGACGGUUAUGGUAUUCAUAACUAUCACAAACAUCCAUCAUUGUGGGGACUUAACAUCUUUCUGACUUGAUGCUGUGUAUAAUUCACAUGGCCUCUCACUGCACAACGAAUUCCCAUUCCGAAUAACAUAAAAGUUGUCACCGCAGUUAAAAUCACAGACACACACUUGCCACGAUUAUUGCACUGUGCAGGUUGUACUCUCCGAGUACAACCUGCACGAGGAUCCUUUUGUCCAGCUGUUGGCAUCAGUCCUGAGGACAUCCAUAUCCAUCAAACAUACAUUUACACACAGACAUUUGAUGUAAAAUGCAAGCUGCAGGAAGACACUUGCCCAACUGAAUUUUAAUUAGGCGUGAGAUCUUUUAGUCCUCAUUUAUGGACAUUGGAAUGUGACCAUGGAGCAGUUAUGAAAUGUCUAAUGAGUUACCUGUUGAGUGACAGAGUACUAGGGCCACAGAAUUUCAUGACUGAUACCCAGCAUGCACUCCUGCUCCAGUUCAGUGUGUGCUCUCACUUACGUGCUUAUGCAGAGAGGCUACACUGGCAGGCCCAAUAGGGGGCAAUCUGCACAAAGCACAGCAGAGCACCUUUCUUGAGUUGGUUAGAAAACACUAGUGUCACUGCUGUGGAAAGCUUAGCCCUGAAAGGGUGGAGCAUGAAUCCUGCAGCUAAGCAUGCUGGGAAUCUGCAGGCCUGCCGUCUCGCACCACGCGGGUGAAAGCUGGAUUCAGAUGAUCCAGGUGUCUGUGCUUUAAGUUAAUAUGAUCCAUUAAGUUGUUUUUGUUUGUUUAUGACAAUGAAACCAAAUACAAAUCUGACAUAAUUACCAUUUGGAUUUCUUUUAAAUUGUUAAUUAUUUUGGGUUAGGUAAUUUAAAAUGGGUUCCUGUGUUCUUAAGUCAUAAUAAGUAAGUUAGAGCACUUAAUGAUUUAAUAAAAACUUUUGUUUGUUGAAACACAUCCCUGAAGAAUCUUUCAUGACUCUCAACAUUUACAAAUGGAUUACAAAUCAGAAGGUCACCAGUUUGAACCCGGCCUCGGUAUGUCUGUGGCUCCUUGAGCAAGACCCUUAACCCCCAGUUCCCUGGGCACCGCUACAGGUGGCUGCCCUUUGCAGACAGCUUACUCUACAAAGAGCAAGCUGGGGGAGGCGUAAAGAUACUUUAUUGAUCCCCGUGGGGAAAUUAUCAAUAUUAUUAUUGUUAUUGUUAUUGGGGAGACUGAGCCAGACUGAGGGAGAUCCCAGCACACAAAACUUUGGAGGUGUCCCUCAGAGGUUGGGCUGGGAAGCCUGGCUGGCCUUUGUAUAGACCUGGAAUUUCUUUACAAAAAAAAAUAAUAAUAAAUAAAUAAAUAAAUCUUGAGAUUGUUAAAUGCAGUUAUGCCUUGCACACAUGUGUAUUUAUACCUCAAAAAUAUUAUCAAAUACUUUUAUGCAUUUUGCGAGGACCAAAUUUCCCAAAACCACAGCAGAAAACAAUAAGCUUUACUACUGGCUAUAUCACUAUCACUGCUAGGCUGAAAAAGCAGAUUUUACCUGAAGGCUUCACAAUUGAUCAAGUCAAGGAAGUCAUUGGUUUGGUUAUCAGAAAAUAAUACAAAAAUAAAACAUGGAGUUUUCAUAUACAGUGCUCACAGAAAGUCUUGGGACGCUUGUUUAAUUCAGUAAAAAUUUGCAAAUGUAUUUUUUAUAACAAAUAUCGUUACUUUAUUCGUUUGCAAAGAAUGUAAAUCAUUAGAAACAACCAAUCAUUUUAAGCUAAACAUUAAUUUCAAGUAGUAAUAAAUUGAAACCCAAAUUGUAGUUCUAAAAGAGCUGUUCUGAGUUUAAAGGUUGACAGUCAGUUUUAAUUAGUAACACCUUUGCAAUAACAUAAAACACCAAACAUUUGUGUUUAGUAUCUCUUUGGGAGCCAGUGACUACAACUGCAAUUAAUAUCAAAAUAGCAAGAACUUCACAGUCUAAAACUUGACUUGAAUUUGCUUUAUUUUUAAGCAAAUGUCCUAAGACUUUCUGUGAACACUAUAGCUAACAAUUUAUCACAGCUUGGUGUUGGAAUGCUGUGGUACUGAUCUUGAGCAGAUGGCUUUAUAUGAGAUGUAAAGUCAAUUACAGAACUAGCACCUUAUGAUGAAUAAUGAUUGCAAAUGUUCUGUGCUUAUGCUGCUAAUGUUGCUUUGUACCUUUUUUCUGUAAACUGGAAUUGUUUUAGUUAUUGAGGACCAUUUUACUUUGUUUGUACCGUGGUCAUCUGGUCUUCAGAGGGGACUCGCUUUUAUUAGAAAUUUAGGAGGUAGAUUUUUUUCUCAGUAAUUGUCAUUUUAAGUCUCAGAAGAGGCAGAAUGUUUCACUCGUGUUAUCAGGGAACCUGGUAAAAUUACCAUGUUAGUUGUCUAAUGGACAAUUACUGAAUUACUAUAUAAAACUGAGAUUUUAAAAGUAUAAUCUGUAUUUUUGACACUUCGCCUAUGGAUGGUAUUUGUGGAUUGUUGACGUUUCUACCAAAUGUUACACAAGAAAAAUAAAUAAUGUUUGAUUUUCACAA